UAACUUAUGCGACAAAAAGUAAUUGUUUAGCUCAUCUGACGUUUUGUGUUAUAAUUUUAAACAGGUAAAACAUGGGUCCAACUUCAGCUGAGAAACAAAGAAGAUAUAGAGAGCGAAUUAACGCAGAUCCUGAAAAAAGAGAGGAAUAUUUGAGAAAAAUGAGAGAAAGAGCGCAUAAUCGACGAAUUACAAAAAUUGAUAAGCAAAUUGGCGAUUUAUCAGAACGAUCUAAAAUAAAACAACGCAAGGAAUGGAGGGACAGAAAACGAAGAAGCCGUGCAAAUUCUAUCAAAAGACCACGCAAUCUAGAAGCCGUCUUAGAUGAGACAGCACCUAGUCCUCUGCCUCAAGUUACAAAUGCGGAACAUCACAAUACCAUCCGAGGCAGACAAAAAGUUAGAAGAGACCGCAGUGCUUCGUAUCGACGAGUAAAACAACUAGAAAAAGAACUGGUAGAUGCUAAAAAAAAAAUAAAUAAAUAUAAACGUAGAGUUAGUCGCUUAAAGAAAACUAAAAUUAAUAAUGAAAUAGUACGAUCAAUCUCUCCAUUAACCAAACUAAAUAUUGAAGUCAGAGAUCAAGUCAUUCCAGAGCCAAUUAAAAGAAAAUUAUUGUUUCAAGAUACAAUACUAGCUCAAGUUCGAGAAACCUAUAAGAUGUCUCUAAAUGAAAAAACUAAACAAUCACUAGCAUCUGUAUGUAAAGGAAAGUAUAUAAGAAAAUAUCGCUUCGUUAAAAAGGCAAAAAAUGAACUAGGAGCUUGGGCCAACGAUAAGAAAAAGAAACUAGAUCGAAGUCACGCCUACAAAUUGUGCACAACAAUAAAACAUUUUUACUGUCGGGAUGAUAAUAGCAUCCAAACUCCAGGAAAGAAACAAACAAUAACCUAUCGCGGUAUUAAGAAACAAAAACGUCUACUUUUAUACAAUUUAAGGGCACUGCAUGACAAAUUUUGCAAGGAAUUUAACAGCACAGUCAGCCUUGCUACCUUUUGCAGACGAAGACCAUUCUGGGUAGUGCGAGCCAAACUUACAGAUCGAGAUUCGUGUCUUUGCAAAAGACACGAUAACUUACAAAAGAUGUUAGCCACUUUAGUAAAAGAAAAAGUUACUACAGAGCGGAAUCUGGAAUUAUUAUGUGAUGUUGUAUGCUGCAAUACCGAAUCGUUGCUGUGUAUGACUAACGGCUGUAAAACAUGCCAAGACAAAAAUGCCAUUGAUGCAAAAGAGGUUGCACAUGAUAAAGUCGUUCGGUGGUUUGCAUGGAAAACUACCAAAGAAGAAUUUGAAAAGAAUGGAAAGAAAAUCCAAGUAAGAAAAACAGUAAAAGCAGUAGCAGAAGGUAAACUUGGAGAGUUGAUACAAACUUUUAACAAAGACAUUAAGCAAGUGUUAUGCCCACAUGUUUUUAGAAUACGACAUCAGUUCCAGCAAUCCAGAAAAUGUAAAAAUGAAUUGUGUUAUGAAGAAGCCGCAGUGCACAUGGAUUUUUCAGAAAACUACUCCUGCAAAUUAAAUUCUGAAAUUCAAGCCAUGCACUUCGGUGCUUCCCACAAUCAAGUGACACUACAUACUGUCGUAGUGUACUUUGAAACUAAUGAAAAAAAAAUGUUUUGCACAAUAUCUGGUUCUCGGAGACAUGACCCAUCGGCCAUAUGGGCGCACCUUACCCCCAUACUAUUGGAACUAAGAGAUAGAAAUAUUGAAGUAAUUCAUUUUUUCAGCGAUGGACCUUCCUCGCAAUAUAAAAAUAAAGGUAACAUUCUAUUCUUCAAAACCUAUUUCCAUGAAAUGGGAUUUAAAUAUGGCACAUGGAACUAUUCCGAAGCUUCUCAUGGAAAAGGUGCUCCUGAUGGGUUGGGUGCCGCAAUAAAGAGAAUAAGUGAUAACCUUGUUUCAAAAGGUCAAGAUAUAGACAAUGCUAGAACAUUGUUUGAGAAGGUGAAAGAUAAAACUUCAAUUACGACGUAUUUUAUUGAAGAAAGUAAAAUUGAACAAAUGGACCAAAGAAAGACUAAUAAUUGUGAGAGUAAGAAAAUUCCAGGCAUAUUUAACACUCAUCAGAUAAUUUCUUUGGAAAAAGAAAAUUAUGUAUACACAAGAAAGUAUUCAUGUUUUUGCAAAAAGUUGCCGGUAAUCGACCAUGACUGUUUCAAUUUGCAAAAAAUACCCGCAAUCAAAGAAAAUAGCAUAACGGUUUCACACAGCUGCAAGAAUAAUGACCUUCCAUUGGACCAGUGGGUACUUGUUUCCUAUGACAAUAGUACUUUUUCAGGAUUAAUUACCGAUACUGAAGACGAGAAUUACGAAGUAAACGCUCUGAAGAAAAUAGGGGAAAAUAAGUACGUUUGGCCUAAAGUAAUAGAUAAAAUAUGGUAUAACAAGAAGAAUAUUUUAGCUACUAUUGCUGUCCCUCAACAAGCAACAAAAAGAAUAUUGGUACUAAAACCGGAUGAUUGGAAAGCUGCAAAAAGUACUCAAAUGAUUGUUUAA